AUGGCAAGCCUUAGUUGGAAAAUACGUCUUUCCUGUAACGACCAGCACUUAACCGCAGUAACAAUCAACAAAGGUAUCUUCAAAGGAGAAUCUAGUUCACCUCUGUUAUUUGUUAUAGUAUUGAUCCCACUUUCUGUAGUCCUACGCAAAAUCAAAGAGUACUAUGAGCUGAGAAAGAAUGGACCUCAUCUCAGCCACCUUCUCUUCAUGGACGAUUUAAAACUGUUUGCAAAAACAGAGCCUGAAAAGGAGAGACUGGUUGAGACUGUGCGAAUGUGCAGCAAAGAUAUAGGGAUGGAAUUUGGUAUCUCGAAGUGUGAGGUGCUUACAUUGGAGCGUGGGAAAAGAGAAUUGCCAAACGGAGAGAUAAUGGAAGACCAGGAUGAUGAUGGGUACCAGCACCUUGGGAUUCUGGAGUUGGGCAAUAUCUUGCACAAAGAAAUGAAAGACAAGUUCAUCGCUGCAUAUUUCAAGCGAUUCAAACUUCUCUUGAAAUCAAAGCUCAACUCAAGGAACCAUGUGACUGCCAUCAGUAUAUGGGAUGUUGCUAGCCACGUCAGCGUAUAUGUGCGACGUCUCAUUAUGGUGUUGGAUGCCAUCGAAGAGGUGGUUAACUCCAUGCUGGAGAAGUAUGAGCCGAUGGCUGAAGGUAUAAAUCCAGACAAGUCAGUGGACCUGCUUCUCGACAUUUGGAGAAUCAAGUCCAUGUCGUCGGGCGGCCUCGUAGGCUCAGACCGCCAAGGUGACCGGAACUGGGACGAGGAGAUGAGCAGAGUGGCUAGUCUCGAUUAG